AUGGCCAAAUGGGUACAACGAUUCAGGCCCCCGUGCGAUUCAGGCCCGCAUCGAAUAGCCUGUAAGGCGCUCUACCGCGCUCUCCUCGAACAAUGUCCACGAAUUCCUCUCCCAUCUGACCUGCCCCCGCAAGGACCCGUUAAUCCCAUAAAACACCUAAUCCGCAAAGGAUUUCGGAGGCGUCAGUAUGAAGGAUCUCCACGUCUUGCAGUCAAGGCGCUGAAGAUUGGGUACAAUGCCGAAGAGCUGCUCCGCACCGCAGCAUCCGGAUCGCAGCCUGCGCUCUCGCAAAUCCACACCCUCCUCCGCCGUCUACAUACUCGGCGACAAGAAUCCCAACAGCCGCCGCCGCCGAAACGAGAAAUACCGCGCGUAUGGCCGUAUCCCGGGGCUCCCAAGGUUCUGGAGACGAGGCCGCUGCCUCUCGAGAAGCUGAGUGGGAACCGACGCGUGCCCAUCGUGACGCAGACGAAUGGCUACCCGUUCCUCCGCUUCAAGAAACCGCAGAGUCCGUUCUUGUCCCGGGUGCUACGGGACAAGAUCAUGCAGAAACAUAAUAGGUUUGAGAAGAUUGGGGAGCUGGAUGGCCAUGUAGAGAAUUUGGGGGCGUGGGAGGGGCAGUGGGAAAUGAACGUCUUGAAUGAGCUGCGACGGGAGGGUGCGGGAGGGGAGGAGUGGUGGAAGACGGUGGGGGGUGACUGGGGAAGGCGGGAUGGAUGGUGUAAGGAUGCGAGGGAUGCUAGGAAGGAGGUUUGGUCACGUCUUGAUCGGGAUGGGAAGAGGGCGAAGGAGGCUGGUCUAAAGAUGGUCGAAAUUUAUAAACAAGAAGAAGAGAUGUGGAGGCAAGAGAGAGAGAAGAGAAGGCACGAUAAGAAUGUUGAGAGGAGGAGGAGGAAAGAAGAGUCGAUGAGGGAGAGUUGA